CACAAAACUACCAAAAAAAAAAAAAAAACCAAGGUAACCAAUCACAAAACCAAACUCCAAUCUUUCCCCAACUUGGAAACCCACCAUAUAUGAGAAGCUAUUAUAUCCAAUUUUUCUUUUAGUCAAGUAUGGCAGUUUCAUCACUCUCUUUGAGCUGGGUCUCCACUACCAUUUAUAGCAAGUUGAAUUUGCCUCAUUACAAUGACUUAUCAAGAGCUGCUAUUUCUCCACUACAUUCGUGUAACAGAAUCACAUGUUCAGGAGAGAAAGCCUCCAAUGGAGAAGGCCAUUGCAGGAGGAUAACACUACUACUAGGAGUAGGUGCACUAACUGGAAAUCUUCUCCGUGCAAGUUCCCUCUUUGCCGAAGAGAUACCGGAAAACUAUCGAUCUUUUGUCGACACCGAAGAUGGGUAUUCAUAUUACUACCCGGCAGAUUGGAGGGACUUUGACUUCAGGGCACAUGAUUCUGCUUUUAAGGAUAGAUAUCUACAGCUGCAAAAUGUUAGGGUCAGAUUCAUUCCAACAGAUAAGAAGGAUAUCCAUGAUUUGGGUCCAAUGGAAGAGGUUGUUCCAGAUUUGGUAAAAUAUAAAUUAGCUGCACCCAAUCAAGUAGUUACCAUUUUUGACAUGCAAGAGAAAAACAUUGACGGGAAGAACUACUACACCGUUGAAUUCCAACUUACAUCCCCAAACUUCGCCGUCACUUCCUUUGCAACUGUCGCGAUUGCAAACGGAAGAUACUACACGCAAAUAGUUGUGGCAAAUGAAAGACGCUGGAGAAGAGUCCGCAAUAAGCUGAAAGUGGUGGCAGACUCUUUCAGGGUGUUGGAUAUCUAAUGAGCUUCUUGCCGGAUAUCAGUAGUGGAUGGUGAUUUGUUUUUGUCCUGUUGAUUGAUUGUUGAAAUGCAUAUUUGGUGUAUAUAUCUUAUAAAAAACUUAAUUACUACUUCCUACACGUGGGAUUUUUUUUCCUCAAGGCUUUAAUGUUCUCUCACCAAUCCUACAUUUUC